GUUUGGUAUUGGUUUAUACCCUGUAUAAGUUAAUUUAAUCUAGAACUAUACUGUGUUUGGUAUUCUGUUAUACUUAUGCGGAUUUGCCAUGGUUAAUACCAAGGCCCGGUCUUAUUUCUCCAUAUUAACCCCGCCUAAUUAUCCGACCUCCCCCCUCCGACAAAUUUUACCUCGCCAAUCUGUAUUGAUUUUUUGCUACCCUUAUCACUAUUUUCGAGGAAAUUUUUUUUGCCCUAGUUUCUCACUGCCCCCAACAUUACCAUUCGUCUCUGAAGCUUCGUGGGUGAAAGAAACACAGCGGCUUGCAGAGGUACUCAUCGGAAACCUGAAGAUCUGGUGGAACAACAACAUUGGGGAAUCAUCGGCGUCUUCCAGAACAGGGAAAUAUAACGAGUGACGAUUUGGCAAACCCGACAAUCACAAAGGAUCUUAAAAUAACUGCUAUUUCUUCCAUUGGUUUCUAAAAAUGGCUGGAAGGGAAGACAGUCGUAUGCGUGAUAUGCAAUUUAUUUUGUUGCAAGAAAUAUUGCGAGUUCACGUCAUACAAGUGGUUGUGUUGUUUGCUUAUUAUUACAAGACUAGGUUAGGCAAAAGAAGGCGUGAUUCGGGAGCCCUAAAAUAUGAGAUAAUACGUAAGUUGCCCGAUCAAGAAAAACAUUUAAGCCGUUUAGUUGGUCUUACCGAUGUAGACUGCAUUUCCAACCUUCGAAUGGACCGUAGGACUUUUGCUCGGCUUUGUGUUAUUUUGCGAGAACGGGGGGGGGUUGGUUAACGGUCGUUUUGUUACCGUUGAGGAACAAGUAGCUAUGUUUCUUUCUGUCUUAGCCCACCAUAAAAAAAACAGAGUUGUUCGGUUCGACUUUUGGAGAUCUGGUCAAACAAUAUCGCACUACAUACAUGCCGUAUUAGGAGCUAUUAUACGGAUUCAUGACUUGUUCCUAGCCAAACCCGAGCCCGUUCCCGCGGAUUGCAUUGAUCCACGAUGGCGAUGGUUUAAGGGCUGUUUAGGAGCCUUAGACGGCACAUACGUGAGUGUCAUGGUUGGUAAUGAAGACAAACCCCGAUAUAGAACAAGAAAAGGGCAAAUAUCAACUAAUGUUCUAGGUGUAUGUGAUCGAAAUCUGAAUUUCAGUUACGUGUUAUCCGGAUGGGAAGGUUCGGCUGCGGACUCUAGAAUCUUACGAGAUGCCAUUAGUAGACCUCAUGGCCUUAAGGUCCCGAAGGGUAAAUACUACUUGUGUGAUAACGGUUACGCGAAUAGUGAUGGUUUCCUAACGCCGUACAAAGGUGAUAGAUACCAUUUAAAAGAGUGGGGACCAAACAAUGCACGACCACAAAACAAAGAGGAACUCUUUAACUUGAGACAUAGUAAAGCAAGGAACGCCAUAGAAAGAGCUUUUGGAAUUUUGAAGAUGAGGUGGAACUUGCACAAACUCAUCGUAUACAAACUCCAAACAAUACAAACAAGCAUAUAUCACAAAGUAGAAAAUAGCUUCAUUAUUAUGUCUUCUUCACGCACAACAUAG